GGUACACCCUACUCUCGGCGAAGUGUUCGACACAGAUUGAUGCAGCACGAGCUUGCUUCCUCAACCAAUGGCGACUGUCUCGGCUCUUCAAGCGCAUCUGCGCCAUUCUCUUUUUCAGAUCGUCAAUCCCUUCCACCUUCAUACCUCAAGGGUGAUGGAAAUCUCUCUUGCCCGUAUUCUAUGCUCUCAAGCCUUGAGGAUACCAAUUCCCAUUUGGACCCUCUGCUCCCUGCCUCUGGCUCCGUGUCCAUCUUCCCUUCCCAGAUCUCUUUUGACAAUCCAGAGGAAUCCGCUUCUGGAAACGAGGACCGCUUCUACCUCUCCCGCCUCGCUCUCCAGUACCAGCAGAUGAUCGAGCGCUAUGACAUCUGUUUUUCCCACCUCCGCGACGCCACCAAUGAGGUGAAAUCUCUUCUACAAGAGAACGCCUCCCUCCGGGCUGCUAACGAAGAGCUCGCCAGGCGGCUUGGCCUCUUCGUAGGAAAGCACUCUGGCGGUCGCGCUUCAGCGUCUGCCGAUGCAGCACUCGCUGAAGAGUUUCGUCGCUUCGGAUUGGCCGAACAGCCAAUCCCCGGAGAGAGCCCCACGAGUGUGCUCGCCUUCCAAGCUAGCGUAGGGGGCGGCGGCCAAAACUGGUUUGCGCGGCCACCGGUGGCGGAGAAGCAGGUCUCGCUGCCCAAAAGCAUCUCGAUCCGGUCGAGCGGUUACCUGAGGCUGAAUCAGGCCGGAGGUUCUAGUUCGUCUUCGAACCGCAACUGCCGGUUUAGAACCUCUAAUACCUCGAUGGUUCCUUCGCAGCAGAGCAUGUACGUCGAUGAAGGGAACAACAAGAAGAAAGCUGAGAAGGGAGGAGAGAACCAAGAAGGUGGAGAGGGAAGCGGUAGCAGUGGAUCACUGGAGUUAGAGGUCUACCACCAGGGUAUGUUCAAGACCGAGCUCUGCAACAAGUGGGAGGAGAGUGGGUUGUGCCCAUAUGGCGGACACUGCCAGUUCGCCCAUGGCAUCGCCGAGCUCCGCCCCGUCCUCCGCCACCCCCGAUACAAAACGGAACUCUGCCGCAUGGUCCUCUUCGGCGAUGCCUGCCCCUAUGGCCAUCGCUGCCAUUUCCGCCAUUCCCUCUCGCCUGCUGAUCACCACCGCGUCCUCCGCCGCCCGAAUUAGAACAAGAUCUAUUCAGCAUUAUAUCUUCCUCAAAUUUCCCUUUCUACGUGCAUAGUAGCAUAAAUCCGAACCUAAUUAAUGGCAAUAAAUAAAAAAACGAACACAAACUGGAACUCGUAGCUUCUUUUCCUAGAAAAAGUUAUAGCAAUACAGAGUAAUAGUACAAUGAUUUGAACAAAAUUAAUUGGUCAGGUGACCGGCCAUGGGAGUAUAAUCAGAGAACAAAAUUAAUUGUUUGUAUAUAGGAUUUGUUCAGUACAUGUUCUUGAUCAGGUAAACAUAUGUAGUUAUAAUCAUGAGAUAUACAUUCUUCCUCGUAAAGCAAUGGUCGAUGAGAUUUGAUGGUGCUUAUGUUCAUUCUGGAAGAGACGUAGAGACAUCACAUCAUUGCAACAUUAGCUGCUAUUUUUCUUGUUGUUUUCUUUCAAUAAUUCCCUUUUUUGCAACUACUCAAAC